GAAGUAUUACCGCGUCAGCGACUCUGGGGGUGGCGGCUACGAGCCGAUGAACAGGCCGCACGACCCGUGGGCAUCGCCGAUCAGCGUGCGCGUCGGGAGCGCCAGCGUCCAGUUCUCGGGCGCCAAGCUGGACACGAUCGUCCUGCUCCCCGACCUGCAGAAGACAG